GUUGCUGCGGUCGCCAUGUUGCUGAAUGAAAUUAGCUUCAAAACAUAGAAUAGCCGUUAGCAAUAUCGAUAUUUUAUUUUGUCGCGAAAUAAUAUUUGUUACAUAGUUUGACUCAAUGUAAAUAUGACUUAGGAUUUAUGAGACUACUAAAGAAGCCCCAUUCCCUGAAAGAAACAUCUUUUGACCAGUGAAAUACAAGACCCAAUAAUUAUUGUGUUUAGACAUAGUAACAGUGUCACGCAAUGCACCAUGGAAGUGGAUCACAGAAUAUGCAACGACAGCUCCAGAGAUCGAAAUCUGUCAGUGGGUCUGAAACAGAGGAGACGCAGCAGCCCACAAUGGCAGUCACACAACAACAAGCUACAGUUAAUCAUCCUCAGUCUCCUGUGACCACAUUCUCCUCUGCUGCCAGCCCUUCAGCCCCCCAGUCACCCAACUAUCAGAUAAUCAUGAGUCGUAGCCCGGUCACUGGACAGAACAUGAACAUCACGUUACAAAAUGUAGGACAAAUGGUGACUGGUAACCAGCAGAUCACCCUUACCCCGCUCCCCAUCCAGAACCCUGCCUCUCCUGGCUUUCAGCAUACUACACCUCAGUGGAGGUUUGAGCAUGCUCCAUCCUCUUACAUUCAGGUUACCUCACCUGUGCCCCAGCCAAUGCAGCCCCAGAGUCCCACACAGCACAGCCCAGUACCUGUACCAGGUUUGACAAGGCCAGGAGCCCCUACAGCGACCCUGGGCGUAUGUGGACAGAGUCCAACUCGAUUUGUUGAAGCUGGUAUGUUGGUGCGGCAAAUCAAUUUAGGGAGUCCCUCAGCAAGUGGCCACUUUGUUUACCAAGACGGGACAGGACUGGCACAGAUUGCCCCAGCAACACCUGGCCAGGUACAGCUGGCUUCUCCAGGAGCACCAGGCUCUGUGAGGGAACGCAGGCUAUCCCAGCCUCACUCACAGACCGGUGGCACCAUUCACCACCUCGGACCUCAAAGUCCUGUGGCUAGCGGUACUGCUCUCCCAACUCUGAGCAGUCCUGGUCACAUCACCACCUCCAACCUACCUCCACAGAUCAGCAGUAUCAUUCAAGGACAACUGGCACGCCCCAUGAUAUUUGAGAAGACGUCACAGGGUGUAGUUGCUGGAGUAGGAGCCACAGCAACAGCAUCAUUCAGUAUACCCACUUCCAUUCCGCCCUCUAGUCCAUCCCUCACUAGUCCACCCCAAGGCAUCCCUAACAAUCCCCUCGGACCCACUGGCAUAACUGUGGGCACUGUGAAGAAGCAAGCUCCCAAGAAGUUAGAAGAAAUCGCUCCUUCUACUCCAGAGAUUGCCCAGUUGAGGAAACAGUGCCUGGAGCACCACAACAAGAAGAUGGAGAGUCUGAAGGAAGUGUUCAAAGAAUACUUGAUUGAGCUCUUCUUUCUGCAGCACCUCCAAGGGAACAUGAUGGACUACCUAGCUUUUAAGAAGAAGCCCUGUGUCCCCUUGUAUACUUACCUGAGGCAGAAUGACUUGGACCUUGAAGAUGAAGAGGAAGAAGAAGAACAGUCAGAAGUCAUUAAUGAUGAGGUAAAGGUUGUAACUGGAAAGGAUGGCCAAGCAGUAACACCAGUUGCCAUAGCAACACAGCUACCUGCCAAUGUUUCUGCAGCUUUCUCUGUCCAGCAGCAGUUCCAGGGACACCAAGGGGCUACUGCUGGCACCAUCACGAACCCUGGAGACAUGGAUGCCUUUAAGAGGCAGCAGGCUAUGGUGCAAGCAGGCGGGAUGCCGCCUACUCCUCAAGCGGUCCAGAUUGCAGGGCAGAAGCAGAACCAACAACAAUAUGACCCAUCCAAAGGGCCUCCGGUGCAGAAUGCAGCUAGUCUACACACACCUCCUCCCCAGCUGCCCAGCAGGUUGCCCCAAGGAGCCCCACCUAUGGCAGGCCUCUCCAUGGCACUCUCUCAGCAGGCUCAGUUAGUAGAGAACACAGCUCAGCCUGGUGGUCAGCUGGCACAGGUGAAGGUGCAGGCAGGUGGGCCUGUUCUGGCUGCAGUAAACCCUCACACACAGCUCCAGGCUCAACUACAACAGCAGAUGCAGCCAGGUCUUCAUCUCCAGCUGCAGCCCCAGCAGCAACAACCACAGGCCAUUCUCCAGUCAGGACAGGCGACUGUGGCACUUGCUCGCCCUGGUGCAGAGUCAAACCCCCCAGUUCAGAGGAUAAUGACCAACUCAAUAUCCAUGACAACCAUAUCUUCUGCUCCACACUCUGCUCCCAAUCCUGUCCCAGCCCAACACACUGCAAAUCCAGUCCGAUCUCAUGUUGCUAACAUCAACCCAAGCUCCCAAUCCAAACUGACUGGCACUAAUGGCAUCUCCACAGUCAAAAUGGGUGGCUUUGGUCAAAGUGCAACCAUGCAGUCAUCACAGGAGAGUUCUCAAGACAAGCAGGCUGAGCAGGCCAAACUGGACAAUCAAGUGCAUCAACGCAUCUCUGAGCUUAGAAAAGAAGGCCAGUGGUCCGCCAGCAGACUCCCAAAACUUGUUGAAGCAUCACGUCCAAAGUCUCACUGGGACUACCUCCUGGAGGAGAUGCAGUGGAUGGCAGCUGACUUUGCACAGGAGAGGAGGUGGAAAGAGGCUGCAGCCAAGAAGCUUGUUCGCACAUGUGCUCGAUACCACCAAGAGCAGAAGAAAAGUGAAGAAAGGUCAAAUAGGGAAAGGGAAAUUCAUCUUCGCCACAUUGCCAGCACAAUUGCCAGAGAGGUGGAAUUUUUCUGGUCUAACAUCCAACAGGUUGUUGAAAUCAAAUUGCAGUUUGAUAUUUAUGAGAAGAGGCUUAAAGCACUCAGCAUACAAAAAGCCUCUGCCAAAGCACCUGGUCAGUCAGCAGUUGUGAAAACCGAUAAAGAGGAGGUGGGGACUUCAGCUAAGAAAAGAAAAGCAAGCUCAUCCUUAAUCGAAGAGGAUGUCCCAGAUGAAGAGAACACCAUAGAGCAGCAGGAGGUCAUGGAGGGGGAGACAGACCACAAAGCAGAGUUGGCAGACCUCGCCAAAGAAGCUGAAAUGCCCCUGGAUGCUUUAAUGAAGCAGUAUGCUGGUGCUUACGCUGACGGCUUCGAGUGGCCUCAGCCGAGUCCUCUAAGUGAGGAGGAAGACAUGGAGGAGACUGAAGAAGUAGAGUCUUCUGUCAGCAGCCCACCUGAGCCAGUGUUGAUAGACUCUCUGCUCAGUGUGGAUCAGUACCGAGGAGCUGACAAAUCAUCCUCCUCUGACUCCGAUGGGAAGCAUGCCAGAGACAUAGCUGAAGUCGCUGCUACCACAGAGCUCAUCCUGCCUAAGGGGAGCUUCAGGACAACUUCCUCAACCCGAAGCCCAGCUCCUAUUUUACUGCAUGGGUCAUUGCGAGAGUAUCAGCAAAUUGGUGUGGACUGGAUGGUAAACCUGUACAAGAAACAUCUCAAUGGCAUACUGGCAGAUGAGACGGGCCUUGGCAAGACUGUGCAGACGGUUGCUUAUAUGGCCCACUUGGCAGGCCAGGAGGGCAUCUGGGGACCCCACCUCAUUGUAGUAAGGACAUGCAAGUUGCUAAAUUGGGAAGUUGAGUUCAAGCGCUGGUGUCCUGGCUUGAAGAUCCUCCUUUAUCUCGGUAACAAAAAGGAGCGCAGAGCUAAGAGAAAGUGGUGGGGAGAAGCCAACAGCUUUCAUGUCUGUGUAACAUCCUACAAACUGCUGAUGAAAGACCAGAGCCACUUUGUUAGGAGAAGGUGGAGACACCUGGUCCUGGAUGAGGUGCAGCUCAUCAAAAACAUGACUGAGAAACACUGGGAAACAGUCUUUGCUCUCAAAAGUGAGCAGAGGAUUCUCCUCAUCAACACUCCUUUACAGAAUACUCUAAAGGAGUUGUGGACAAUGAUCCACUUCCUUUUACCAGGAAUCACCAGACCCUUCUCUGACUUCCCUGUUAAAGCAGGAACAGACCAGAACCAGGACUACUGCCACAAACUGGUCAUCCGCUUACACAGGAUGAUCCAGCCCUUUAUCCUGAGACGUUCUAAAAGGGAUGUGGAGAAACAGCUGCCCAAGAAGUACGAGCACAUCCUGAAGUGUCGUCUCUCCAGCAGACAGAAGAGCCUCUAUGAGGAUAUCCUUACUCGACCAGGAGCUCAAGAGGCUCUGAAGACUGGUCAUUUCGUCAGCGUGCUUCAGGUUUUGAUGCAGUUACAGAGAGUGUGUAAUCACCCUGAGCUGGUGGCACCAAGAGAAAACAACAGCUCUUUCUUUGGAUCCUCUCUGCAAUAUAACGUCCCAUCAUUGGUGCUGGGAGCGCUUCAGAAUCAAUCAAGCCAGAUCUCCAACAUGUCCAUAUUUGAUCUGAUCAAUAAUGAGAACAGACUGACUCGGUAUCAGACUGAAGAAGCCGUACCCAAACUGAAGAUCACUCAGCAGCUUAUAGAGGAGAUCUACACUGGUCCAGAUCCACCACCACGACCCAAAUCAUGCCCGAUUAAACCCAUGAGAUUGUUCCAGCCGGUGCAGUACGGGACAAAGCCAGAAGGUCGCCUCGCUACCAUUACUGGUACAGCAGGCCAGCGUCCCCCAUCAAGCUCUCCUGCUACAAGCACCUCCGCUUCAACCACCAACCAGACAGCUCAGAGCAGGGGCAAGUCCCCUGUUACCACCACAGCGACUACAGCUACUUCUAAUGCGGUUGGAACAGCCUCUCAGAGAGCCCAGACUACCCCUCCUGUCAGCAGCAGCAGCAACACUGCCGCCUCCACUGUAGCCUCCUCUGGGAACGCUGGCAUUGGGCAGCAUGUGUUGGGGGCAGCGUCUGUGGCUUUGGGCCAGACCUUAACUGGCACUGUUAUGGGAUCAUUAGCUCCCAUUAGCCAGCCUGGAUUAACGCAAGUCCCCAGGCCAGCUCUAGCCCCCAGCCAUGCCAUCCAGCCAAGCUUACUGUCCCAGAGGCUGGUACUUACAUCACAGGCCCAGGCACGGUUGCCUAGUGGAGACGUGGUGAAGAUUGCCCAGUUGGCCAACAUGGCAGGCACACAGAAUCGGAUCUCGCAGCCAGAGACUCCUGUCACUCUGCAGUUUCAGGGAAACAAGUUCACUUUGUCUCCCAGCCAGCUCCGCCAACUCACCACCGGGCAGCCCUUGCAGCUCCAAGGUACACUCGGUAACAUCCUGCAGAUAGUGUCGGCUCCUGGGCAGCAGAUCAUCAGGCCCCAGGGAUCGAUGGUGAUGCAGGCAAUGCCACAAGCUGUUCCUGCAUCCAAUGCCUCGACAACACCUGGCACACCUCACCCUGCCCUGUCAACAGCCCAACAAGCACUGGGAGCGACCACUAAUGCCACUUCGGCCCCAACCAAGCUCACUACGGCAGCCAAUGCUGGUUCUCAGGAGUCUUCUGAAGAAAAGACACAUCAGCUGAAGGUGCGUUUGGGUCGUCUGUUUGUGGCAAAUGAGCAACGCUGCAGCCGCAGAGUGUUGUACGGGUCUGAUCUGCUGCAAGCAUGCACUCUGAGCUCAGAGCCAGGACACUCUGCUCUGACUGCAGGAGGGUGGAGGUGGGUAGGCAGAGAGAGCUGCCUCCGGGCGCAGAGAACCUGCGUGGCUACCACCUCUACACUGCAGUCCACUCUGCUCUCUGUGAAGGACCGCCUGGAGGCUGCCAGCAGCCUUUUCAAGAGGUUGGUCUGUGUGGUGCCCCCAGCAGUAGCCCCACCUCCUCAGCUGUAUGCAGCCAAUCCCCCUGUUCCCUACAGUCUAGACCAGAAGACUUUUCAGCGUCGAUUACAAGAGGCCUGUGCUCCCCUCAGUGCUGAUAUCCACCACUUUACAUCCAGGAGUCUCCUCCACUUUCCUGACCUGCAGCUGAUGCAGAUGGACUCUGGUAAACUAGAGGCUCUUGCCAUACUGCUGCAGAAGCUGAGGUCAGAGAGCCGUCGUGUCCUCAUCUUUACUCAGAUGGUGAAGAUGCUAGACAUCCUGGAGGCCUUCCUGGAUCACAGGCAGCUGACGUAUGUGCGCGUGGAUGAAAGCUUCACUCCUGAUGAACGACAGGAGAAUAUAAAGAGGUUUAACAGGAACAGGAAAGUUUUCUGCAGCAUCAUGACAAACCGCUGCUGCUCUGCCGUCGGGACUGUGUUUGAUGCAGACACAAUCAUCUUCUACGACACAGACCUCAAUCCAAGCAUGGAUGCUCGAACGCAGGAGUGGUGUGACAAAAUAGGACGCUCUAAGGAUAUACACAUAUACAGGUUGGAGAGUGGGAACUCUAUUGAGGAGAAACUGCUGAAGAACGGCACCAAGGACCUGAUCAGGGAAGUGGCUGCUCAGGGGACUGACUACACCCUGGCGUUCCUCACACAGCGGACAAUCCAGGAUCUGUUUGAGGUGGAGGCAGGUUCGGGGGAAAAGGUGGAGGAGUUUGUGGUUCUUCAUCAGGAACCGUCAGCCUCUGAGGCAAUCUCUCCCAGAGUGGCUCGGCCCUACAUCCAGGCUCUGCAUAGCAUCAAUCUGGAUGCUCCACAGGAGGAGGACGAGCAGCAGCAGCAGGGAGAGGAAGAGCUGGAAGGCAAAGAGACAGCAGAGGAGGAGCAGGAGUCAGAGAGUAUAGUUAAAGAGGAGCCUGCUCACAUAGAGGAGCUGAACGCUGUCAUGGAACAGCUCACACCUAUUGAAAGAUAUGCGCUUCAUUACCUGGAGUAUCUCCACAUCAGUGACGAUGAAACUGCUCUCAAGAAGCAGUUGGAGUGCUCUAAGAAAGGCUGGGAGCUGAAGCAGCUGCAGAAGCUGAAGGAGGAGGAGGACGAGCGGCUGAUUAUGGAGGGAGAUGAAGAUCUCUUCACCUACACCAGAGAGGAUGCCUACAACAUGGAGUAUGUGUUUGAUGCAGAGGACGGCCACACAGAAAUCAUGCCGGUUUGGACUCCACCCACACCACCACAAGAUGACAACGACAUCUACAUUGAUUCUGUGAUGAUGCUGAUGUAUGACACCACACCCAUGCCAGAGUCCAAACUGCCUCCUAUCUACAUUCGCAAGGAGCACAAGAGACUCAAGAUGGACCCCUCAGCAGCCAGGAAGAAGAAGAAAGGUCACGGUGAGACGGUCAUUCCCCCACGCUCCCUGUUCGAAAAGGCCAGCAUGCUCAAAGUUCGCCGUGAGGGAAAGGACCAGAAGAAGAACUUCUCCCUCAAACAGCAGGCACCGUUUGCCAAGCCCCUCCCCUCGCUGGUUAAACCCGCCAUGGAGGCGAGCCAGGACAACCCAGAGUGGCUCAUCAGUGAGGACUGGGCUCUGCUUCAGGCUGUGAAGCAGCUGCUGGAGUUGCCUCUGAACCUGACAAUUGUGUCUCCUGCACACACUCCUAACUGGGAUCUGGUGAGCGAUGUUGUGAACUCCUGCAGCCGCAUCUACCGCUCGCCCAAACAGUGUCGAAACCGCUAUGAGAAUGUCAUCAUACCCAGAGAAGAGGGCAAGUUGAUAUACGAGGCAAACCCUAAGAAGAAAACAAAGAGCAUAUACAAGUCUAAGAACAGUCGUCCUCUAAGAACACAUCAGAUCUACAUGCAGGAUGACAACGCCACUCAUAUUCAUCUCUACAACAGCCGCUUUGAACUCAUGAAGAUCAUCGCCAGCAAGAGGAGCCCACCCAUUAAACCACUGCUUGGCAUGAAUCCAUUCCAGAAGAAUCCAAAACAUGCGUCAGUCUUGGCAGAAAGUGGAAUCAGCUACGACAAGCCCCUGCCUCCCAUUCAAGUGGCAUCUCAACGAGCAGAGAGGAUCGCCAAGGAGAAAAAGCAGGCCCUUGCAGAGCAGCAAAAGGCUCAGCAGUUGGCACAGCAGCAACAGGCCGGAGCUCCCCAGGCUCAGGCUGCAGCGGGCCAGGCUCAGACUCCGGCUGCUGCUCAGGCUCAGGUCCCUCAGGCUGCCGCGGUGGCAGGAGCCACUGCUGUUCCUAAUGCCGCAGUUCUGGCUGGAGCCAUAAAAAAUGCCACUGUGGGCACAACCAUCCAGGCUGCCACUGUAGGGGGGAAUGUGAUUGUGAACACAGUAGCUGGAGUUUCUCCAAGUCCCUUCCAGGCCAACAAACGCCUGGCAUCUCCAGUCAUCCCAGGCACCCUGUCUCCUGCUGGUGCAGCUGGAGCCCAGGUGGUCCACGCACAACAGAGGGCUGUCACGGCUGCUGCUGCCCCGGCUGAAGUGGUUGCCAUAGCUACUGGUCAAGGGGUUCGAGCUGUUACCCCAGUGACGGCAUCUGCAGUAGUCUCUACCACGCUGAGCCCGGGGCAGUCACAGACCCGCCCACUGGUUACUCAGGUCACGCCAGCCGCAGGUAUGCAGCUUCCACAAGGAAAGCCUCUCACCCCGGCACAUCUGCAGAUACUUCGACAGCAGCAGCUACAGCAGCACCAGCAACAGCAGCAACAACAGCAGCAGGCUGCUUCACCACAGAUCAAAGCGGUGGGCAAACCCCAGGAGUUGCUGAAGAUGCACAAGCAUAAGUUGCAGAUGCAGCAACAACAGCAGCAGCAGCAGGUGGCUGCAGCAGUGGCAGCAGCAGCUGCUCAGGGCCAGCAGGCUGCAGGAGCUCAACAGGCAGCACAGGUACAGACCGCACAGGCCACACAAGCUAAUCCUCAGCUGGCAGCUGUGACAGCACCCAGACCUGGAGCUGUGCUGACCGGCACUACUGUGGCAAACCUGCAGGUGGCCAGACUGACCCGGGUGCCUACUCAGGGCCAGAUUCAGGCACAGGCAGGACAGACGGCUCAGGUGACCCUCACCAAGCCUCCUGUGGUUUCUGUGCCAGCUGUGGUCUCAUCAUCAGCAGGGGUCACAACGCUGCCUGUCACUGUUGCUGGCAUCAGUGUGGCUAUCGGUCAGGCUCAAAAAACAGGUGGUCCUGUGCUGACGCCGUCCUUCCCUCAGAUGCAGGUCCAGCAGCUGCUUCAGAUGAAGAAGCAGCAGGCAGCAGCAGUUCAGGCGGCAGCUGCAGCUCAGCAGAAAGCAGGGCAGACGCAGCAAGGACAAGCUACUGUGCAACAAAAGCUCGGCACUCAGCAGGUGACAGUCCAGGCAGCUCCGCCGGCUCAGCAGCAGCAGAAAGUGACCUAUGCGACCACCACCCAACUUCAACCAGGAAUCAAGACCCAGUUCUUCACCACAUCCAUCGCCCAGACUCAGAAACCCACCGGAGCGCAACAAAUCCAGGUGGCUAAGCUCCCUCAAAUAGUGCAGCAGCAGCCAACCGUGGCAAAUAUCCAACAAAUCGUUUCUUCUCCUCAGCAGAUCCAGGCCCAGCCUCAGACCGUCACUCUGACCCAGACGGCUACAUCAGCUCCUGCGCAGGUGCAGAUGAUCCCUGCUGGGACGGCCGCGGCUCAGGUGGUCCAGCAGAAGAUCAUCCAGCAGCAGGUGGUAACUGCAGCUACAUCACCGCAGAUCCAGACUCCUCCCCCACACAGCCCGGCCCAGCAGCCUGCAGCCACCUCUGCUGCUGAGUCCCCCGUGCAGCAGCCCGCUCAGACCCAACAGCCCACUAAGGGACAGGCUCGGCAGGGUGGCAUCAGGGCUAAAACACCCGCCAAGCCCAGCGGGGGGACUAGCUAAUGAGACUGAGUUAAUGGAUUGUAAGGCUGUGUCACAUCGUUAACCACACCACAACUUUACCUCACUCACUGCUUAUCUCUAAUCUGAUCAUAACUGUGUUCAACUGACACAAAACCAUUUCAUUGCUUGUAUUUAAACUUUAAAAUCGAUCUCAGCACUCCUGUAAAUCUGGUGGGAUCCAUAAUUUUGCAUCACAGUCGACAUAGUUACUUUAUUUGUUUCAUAAAAAUGUGAAAUGUUUGAAAAUACCACAAUUUCCCGCCUUAACAACAGACAACUUUCAUGACUUCAAAGUGAUUAUCAUUUUACUCCCCAGACAUGUGAGGCUGAGGCUCAUGGGUAAUCCUGCAGCAGUCCGUUAGAAUAAGUGUAUCCAUAAAUAGUCCCUUUUAUGUCUAUUCCCCGUGUUGUCUAUAGAUACUGAAUGGAGAAUAAUGCACGUUCCUUUAGUCAUUUGUUUUUUAUUGCAGCAAAUACACUGUAAACAUGUACUUUAGUAUUUUGUGUUUUCUCAUAAAGUGUCUUUUUUUAUUGAUGUCAAGGAAAAAAAAAACUGUAAAUAUCAAUGAAAAACAUUUGUACUUGUAAAGUAGUCGUGUUUUCAUUGGGUUUUUUCAGCCUAAUUGUAAUAAAGUGUUUUGUUUUUAUACACAAAUUCA